UCUCCUGCUCAAGAAGAAGUACUCCUCGAUAAAAUCAACAUGUACGCCCAAAGAGGAACCCUUCUCACACCAAAAGCUGUCAGACAGAUGGCGGAACUGCUUCAUGGAGAGAAUCUUGGGCAGGUGAAGGAAAUUUAUGAUUCCCACACCUAUUUCCCUCACAACAUAUACAACAUGGAUGAAGUCGGCUUUGAUAUUGCUAUCCAACAUUGCAUACGGACCAUGUGGUUAGAAGACAUCUUUGAUCCAGCAACAAAAGGGAUUGCCCGUGAUGGACAAGACCGCCGACUCCUCUUCCUUGAUGGCUUAGAUGCUCAUGUUCAACUCGACUUUCUUGACACCUGCUGGGUUCGGAAUAUUGUCCACAUCAUACUCCCUGCUCACAUGUCCGGUGAAUUCCAACCCCUUGAUGUCAAAUUCUUUGGACCCCUCAAAGACUCCUAUAAUUGGUACCUUCAAAAAUAUCUCCUUGGAAACACAUCUCCCGGUAUUGCAAAAGGUGUUUUCUAU